UUCACCAAAUAUUCCAAAGAAUUCUCUGAGCACACUUUGAAGCGCUAGCUAACUAACUUCGACUGGCUGCUUUUGAGACAUUUUAUUCCCUUUUUGCUUGAACAAAAUGGUAUCGUUCACCCGAUACAGCACAAAAGAAGAAGAUACAUCAGAGGAGGGGGAGCUUGAAAGUGAAGACGAUGGAGACUCAAGAGGAGAGAGUUUUCUCACAGACGAAGAGGAAUUUGUUCCAGAUGAGGAUUUUGAUGAUUACCAACAGGAUGAUGAAGAGUCUAGCACCUCUUCUGGAGGACAAGAUGCCAGCCCCCCUGCUGAAGAGCUUAACACCGCUCCUGCAGGACAAGAUGCCAGCCCCCCUGCUGAAGAGCUUAACACCUCUUCUGCAGGAGAACAUGCGAGGGCCGCUGCUGAAGAUACUACCACCUCUGCUGCAGGACAAGAUGCCAGCCCCUAUGCUUCUACAGAAAGAGAGCAGCCUCCCCAGCGUGGGAGAGAUCGUAGACAGACUAGACGACGAUCUCCUUCUCCACCACACAGCAGGUCACAGGGAUCCAGGUCCAAACGUGCACGACGUUUAUCAAGUGGCUGGACCAAAACCACAUCUGGAUCUCCUCGUAAGCCUAAACCAGUAUACUCAGCCACUUCCUGGAAAACUGAGGAAGAUCCUGAUGUAUGUCCAGAGCGAAGAAAGUUUGUCCCAGCAAGACCCCCCGGACAUAAACUGAACCCGGACAAAACGUACACACCGAUGGACCUUUUCAAACUGUUUUUCAGCAAUGAAGCAGCUCUAACCAUUUGUCAUCACACAAAUAAACAAGCUGCUAAAAACACUGCAAAAGGAAAAAAAUAUCCAUGGACUAACAUCACCAUGGAGGAGUUUUUCAGGUAUGUGGGACUAACUUUCUUUGUAGCAUUGGUGAAACUGAGUACGAUCAGAGAUUACUGGAAAAAAAACACAAUUUUCAGUGUCCCUUUUGCAGCCAAUAUCAUGACACGGGACAGGUAUCAGGUGAUAUCUUGGAACAUCCACAUGAGUGAUCCUGAGGAAGAUGUUGAGAAUGAUAGAAAGAAAGGGACACCAGAUCAUGACCGCCUGUUUCGACUGAAGCCCCUCCUGGACACCAUCAAAAAUGCUUGCUUAGCAUAUUACCACCCCAGGCAGAACCUUGCGAUUGACGAGAGGAUGGUGGCGACAAAGGCCCAUACUGGAAUGACACAACACAUGAAAGCGAAGCCGAUCAGAUGGGGUUUCAAGCUCUUUGUUUUGGCUGACAGCAGCAAUGGCUACACUGUGGACUUUACUGUGUACACUGGAAAGUCACAGUUUGUCUCAGGCGUUGGACUUGCAUAUGACUCUGUGAUGUCCCUGAUGAACAAAGAAUAUCUGGGCAGUGGCUUUCAUCUGUAUGUGGAUAAUUUCUACACCAGUUCAAAACUCUUCAAGGAUCUGUUUAGCCUGAAUGUCGGAGCAUGUGGCACAUACAGAGGCAAUAGAAAAGAUUUCCCCCACACAGACUCAAAUGCGCUGAAGAAAAAUGCUCCUAGAGGCUCCAUCAGGUGGAUCCGUGAAGGCCCACUGGUUUUUGUGAAGUGGAUGGACACACGUGAGGUCUCUAUCUGCUCUACAAUCCACCCGGCAUUCUCUGGAAACACUGUGAAGAGGAGAGUCAAAACACGGGGUAGCGAAUGGACCACAAAAUGCAUUCCAUGCCCAACACCUAUUGGGGAAUAUAACAAGCACAUGGGCGGUGUUGAUAUGUCUAACCAGCUGAUACAGUAUUACUCUGUACGUCACAAGAGCAUGCGCUGGUACCGGACCUUGUUCUUUCACUUCCUGGACAUUGCAGCCACAAACAGCUACCUCCUCCACAAGGAGCUUUGCAGAGAGAAGAAGGAGGAACCCAUGAGCCACAAGGACUUCCUGCAGGAGCUGACAGCCCAGUUGUGUGGUGUCACAGUUAAAACCCCUCCUGCCCAGACACGCAGUAGCCACGUACCUGUGGCUAUUGCUGAAAUACUUGAUGUAAGCAGGAAGGCCUCAUAUGGACGAAGGUCCUGCGUAAACUGCAGACAGACCAGGAAGGUCAAACAGGCUACCCCCUGGAAAUGUAAGGAGUGUGAUGUGUCCCUCUGUGUCAUUGCAGACAGGAACUGCUUUGAGGCAUGGCACAGCUAACGUUUUGGACAAAAAGGAACUGGGACUUGACUAAAAGAACUGUAAAUAGUUUUUAAUCUGUGUUGGCUACAAUGUUGGUUUUUCCCCACUGAUCACCAAGGCCUUAGUCUGGCUCAAUGGAUGUACAUUGUGGUAGAGUUUUGGCAAACUAAAAAGUAGCCUAGAUUGGCAACCUGUGCCAUCACGGCACUAAAUCCAACUUGUAUCGCAGGCGGUGUUCGCCAGUAGCGUUACUAGUUUAACCUCUUCUCAAUAGCGUCGCUGUUUUCUGAAUCACAUAGCUUUUCAGUAGCAUAGCUCUGUUAUUGAUCAAGUAGCGCCGUAGCAUCCACAUAAGUUCGUACGUUUCCCCGAGCUUUUCUGAAGCUCAAACACAGUGGAGCUAUCUUGAAAUAAAACUAAAACUGUGCUGCCGACAAGGAAAUGAGAACUGCCACCAUGUGGUCUUGAAUCACUACACUCUCAUUAUGGGCUCUCUCAUCACUCUCACUCAGGAGCGGCUGAGAUAAGUGCAACACCUAGUUGUAAAUUUUGGAACACUGAUCCAGUCCGGUGUUUGGCUUGCUAUCAAACCAGUAUUAAUUAACACCAGCCCUAAUUGACCGUUCACUAAGCCCCGCCAUCCUUAGUUACUGUUGCUACGCCUGACAAGCUUUCGUGCCUGGCACGUCUAUUAUAGUAUGUAUGCACCGGUGUCAGACAUUCCCAAGGAGAUAAUUAGUAAUUUUUGGCAAACAGGUGAAAUAUCUGAGAGAGCAAGACAAAUGGGACUGCAGUAUGCAUUCGAGGGAUAUAUCCACGACAAAAUAUGCAACCGAUUAGUGAAUAAUUUCAUCAAAAUUGAAGCUAAACCCUAUAGGUCAUGCCUCAUACGCUGACUAUUCAAAUGGAAACACACAAAUUGAGGAACAGCUAUGUUCAUGCACAGCAGGGGAAGUGAAAUUUGAAAAUAAUCGAAUAAUUAAAGCUGCGAGCAGCGAUGGACGGGC